AUGGCUCCCACGGUGAACGGGGUCAACGGGACUCGCAAGUCCUCGCUGACGAACGGAACCACCAGCUCAUGGCAGGCAAAGCACAACCUCGCUCCUCACUUUAUUGGGGGCAACAGACUGGAGAAUGCUCCUCCCAGCAGAGUCAAAGACUUUGUCCAAGAGCAUGAUGGACACUCAGUCAUCACCUCCGUGCUUAUUGCGAACAACGGUAUUGCCGCAGUCAAAGAGAUCCGCUCCGUACGAAAAUGGGCCUACGAGACUUUCGGCGACGAGCGCGCCAUCCAAUUUACUGUCAUGGCCACCCCAGAAGAUCUGCAGGCGAACGCAGACUACAUUCGUAUGGCUGAUCAAUAUGUUGAGGUGCCCGGAGGGACCAACAACAACAACUAUGCAAACGUUGAGCUGAUUGUGGAUAUUGCUGAGCGCAUGAACGUCCACGCAGUCUGGGCAGGCUGGGGUCACGCCUCCGAAAACCCCAAAUUGCCAGAAUCUUUAGCUGCGUCGCCGAAAAAGAUCAUCUUCAUCGGCCCUCCAGGGUCUGCCAUGCGGUCUCUGGGUGACAAGAUCUCCUCCACAAUUGUCGCGCAACAUGCAAAAGUGCCUUGCAUUCCCUGGUCAGGGGAAGGCGUUGACGAGGUGGAGAUUGACGAGCACGGAAUCGUCACCGUGAGAGAGGAUGCCUACGAACGCGGUUGCGUACAUUCUCCCCAAGAAGGUCUGGAAGCCGCAAAGAAAAUCGGGUUCCCUGUGAUGGUCAAAGCCUCGGAAGGAGGCGGUGGCAAGGGUAUCCGAAAGGUCGAGAAUGAGGAGGAGUUUGAGGCACUGUACAAUGCCGCGGCCAGUGAAAUCCCUGGCUCGCCCAUCUUCAUCAUGAAACUCGCAGGCAAUGCCCGACAUUUGGAGGUGCAGCUGUUGGCAGACCAGUACGGCAACAAUAUCUCUCUCUUCGGCAGAGAUUGCUCGGUGCAGCGGAGACAUCAGAAAAUCAUCGAAGAAGCUCCGGUUACAAUCGCCAGUCCAGAGACCUUCCACUCCAUGGAACAAGCAGCCGUCCGACUGGGUGAAUUGGUCGGUUACGUCUCAGCGGGCACAGUCGAAUACCUCUACUCGCACGCAGAGGACAAGUUCUUUUUCCUGGAACUGAACCCUCGUCUCCAGGUGGAACACCCUACCACUGAAAUGGUCAGCGGCGUCAAUCUGCCGGCCGCCCAACUUCAGAUUGCCAUGGGUCUUCCGCUGCACCGCAUCCGUGACAUUCGUUUGUUGUACGGUGUGGAGCCACACACUUCGACCGAGAUCGACUUCCACUUCAAGAACGAAGCAAGUCUGAGAACCCAACGACGCCCGAGACCAAAGGGACACACCACGGCCUGCCGUAUCACCUCUGAAGAUCCUGGCGAGGGCUUCAAGCCCUCGAGUGGAACAAUGCACGACCUGAAUUUUCGGUCGAGUUCCAAUGUUUGGGGUUAUUUCUCCGUUUCUUCAAACUCCAGCAUCCACAGCUUUUCUGACAGUCAAUUCGGUCACAUCUUCGCGUAUGGCGAGAAUCGUUCUGCUUCUCGGAAACACAUGGUGGUCGCGCUGAAGGAAUUGAGCAUUCGUGGUGACUUCCGGACCACCAUUGAAUAUCUCAUCAAGCUGCUAGAAACGCCAGCGUUUGAGGACAAUACCAUCACCACCGGCUGGCUCGACGAGCUGAUCUCGAAGAAAUUGACUGCCGAACGUCCUGACCGGAUGCUUGCCAUUCUUGCCGGUGCUCUUACCAAAGCCCACAUUGCCAGCGAGGCCUGCCUUGCUGAAUAUCGCAAGGGCUUGGAGAAAGGCCAAGUGCCAACAAAAGAUCUACUGAAGACAGUCUUCCCUGUUGACUUCAUCUACGAGGGCCAGAGAUACAAGUUCACUGCCACCCGUGCAAGUCUCGACAGCUACCAUAUCUUCAUCAACGGUUCAAAAUGCUCUGUCGGAGUUCGAACUCUUGCCGAUGGUGGUCUGUUGAUGCUUCUGGCCGGUCGAUCCCACAGUAUCUACUGGAAGGAAGAAGCCACUGCUAUCCGCCUCAGUGUCGAUAGCAAGACGUGCCUGCUCGAGCAGGAGAAUGAUCCCACUCAACUCCGGACACCAUCGCCCGGCAAGCUGGUCAAGUACACCGUUGAGAAUGGCUCUCACGUCAAAGCUGGCCAGCCCUUCGCCGAGGUCGAGGUUAUGAAGAUGUACAUGCCUCUCAUUGCUCAGGAAGACGGCGUUGUUCAAUUCAUCAAGCAGCCAGGUGCCACUCUGGAAGCCGGCGAUAUUCUCGGCAUCUUAGCACUCGACGACCCAUCAAGAGUCAAGACGGCCGAAACGUUUACUGGACAACUUCCCGACAUGGGACCGCCUCAGAUCGUUGGCAACAAGCCCCAUCAGCGAUUCGCCCUCCUCCUGGGCAUCCUGCAAAACAUCCUUAUGGGCUUCGACAAUCAAGUUAUCAUGGCUUCCACCCUCAAAGAGUUGGUAACCGUGCUGAGAGAUUCGGAACUUCCGUAUGGCGAGUGGGUGGCAAGAGCCUCAGCACUGCAUGCGAGAACUCCACAAAAGCUGGAUGCGCAGCUCGACCAGAUUGUAGAGCGCGCGCACUCGCGUAAAGCCGAAUUCCCCGCGAAGCAGCUUCAAAAGGCCAUCAACCGCUACAUUGAAGAAAACAUGUCUCCUGCUGAUGGAGCGACGCUCCGGGGCACUCUGGAACCGCUGGAUGAAGUGCUUAACAGAUACGCGGAUGGACUCAAGGUUCACGAGUUCUCAGUCUUCGCUGGGCUACUCGAGCAAUAUUACCAAGUCGAGAGCUUAUUUGCUUCGGGCACCCAUCGGGAUGAGGAUGUGAUCUUGAAGCUUCGCGAGGAGCACAAGAACGAUCUAUCCACGGUUGUUUUUACGGUACUGUCUCACACCCGCGUCUCGGCCAAGAACAACCUUGUUGUCGCCAUUUUGGACAUGUACCGACCCAAUCAACCGAACGUCGGGAAUGUCGGCAAAUACUUCAGACCUAUUCUUCGCAAGCUCACCGAGCUGGAGUCGCGUGCUACCGCAAAGGUUGCCCUGAAGGCGCGAGAGUUACUGAUUCUUUGCGCUUUACCCUCGCUCGAGGAGAGAUCCUCACAGAUGGAGCACAUCCUCAAGUCUUCGGUUGUCGAAUCGAAAUACGGUGAGACAGGCUGGGAGCAUAGGGAUCCGGACCUUGAUGUCUUGAAAGAAGUCGUUGACUCUCGUUAUACCGUCUUCGAUGUGCUGCCUCUGUUCUUCGCGCACCAUGACCCUUGGGUUGGUCUUGCGGCUCUCGAAGUGUAUAUUCGCCGCGCGUACCGUGCGUACACCGUCAAGGAGAUCGAAUAUCACAACGAUGUUGAUCCACCCUUCUUCAUCUCCUGGGACUUCGUCCUGCGGAAGGUGGGACAAUCCGAAUUUGGCUUGCCACUGGCUUCCUCCUUCCCGUCUGGACAAGCAACUCCUUCACAGCAGGGCAAUCCGUUCAAACGCAUCACCUCGGUGAGCGACUUGUCGUAUCUUAACAGGGUGCAAGGGGACGACGAGCCUUCGCGCAAGGGCGUCAUUGCGCCUUGCCAUUACUUGGAUGAGGCCGAUGAGACCCUUGCUCGUGCCCUAGAGGCCUUUCCCAAGUUUCCCAAAGAGAAGCGUCCCAGCCAGGCCUCUCUGAUGCCAACGCUCGACACCCAGAGAAGACCACAACAGGCACAGCAGAAGAUAGAGGUGCCCGAUGACGAAUUGACAAACGUGGUCAACAUUGCUAUCCGUGACAUCGAAUCUUUGGAUGAUGACGAAAUCCUUCGCCGCCUGCACAGUUUGAUCGCCGAAUACAAGUCAGAGCUCCUUGCGCGUAAGGUGCGCCGGAUCACUUUCAUCUGCGGUCACAGAGAGGGAACUUACCCCGGAUACUUUACUUUCCGAGGCCCUAGCUAUGAGGAAGACAUGGAUAUUCGACACAAUGAGCCGGCUCUUGCUUUCCAGCUUGAGCUUGGAAGACUGUCAAGGUUCAAGAUCAAGCCUGUUUUCACACAGAACAGAAACAUUCAUGUUUAUGAGGCCAUCGGUAAGGGAGAGGAACGAGACAAGGUUGUCGACAAGCGCUACUUUACUCGGGCCGUUGUCCGACCUGGUCGUCUAAAGGAUGAAAUUCCCACAGCGGAGUAUCUGAUAUCCGAGAGCGACCGCUUGGUCAACGACAUCUGCGACGCUCUUGAGAUCAUCGGCAAUAACAACUCUGACCUGAAUCACAUCUUCAUCAACUUCACUCCGACUUUCAACCUGCAGCCUCGGGACGUUGAAGAGCAAAUUGCUGGCUUUUUGGAGCGAUUCUCUCGAAGGUUUCUACGUCUUCGAAUCACAGGAGCAGAAAUCAGAAUCCUGUGCACAGAUCCUGAAACCGGAAUGCCGUAUCCUCUUCGUGUUAUGAUCACCAACACUUCCGGGUAUGUCGUGCAGGUUGAGUCGUAUGUUGAGAAGAAGUCUCGCACCGGCGAGUGGGUAUUUGAGAGCAUCGGUGGUACCACCAAGGUUGGCUCUAUGCAUCUUCGACCCGUCUCCAGCCCCUAUCCGACGAAAGAGUGGUUGCAGCCGAAGCGCUACAAGGCUCACCUUAUGGGCACGCAGUACGUCUACGACUUCCCGGAGUUGUUCAGACAAGCGGUCCAGAACAGUUGGGCCAGGGCGAUCGCCAGACAUGCUCCUCUCGCAGAAUCGAGGCCAGAGAUUGGCUCAUGUCUCGACUAUAGCGAAUUGAUUCUGGACGAGAAUGACAACGUCACCGAGGUGUCGCGUGAGCCCGGUACCAACAGCUGUGGCAUGGUUGCCUGGCUUCUGACUGCCAGAACACCGGAAUAUCCGAGAGGCAGACGGUUUGUGAUCAUUGCCAACGACAUCACCUACCAAAUCGGUUCUUUUGGACCUGUCGAGGACAAAUUCUUCUUUAAGUGCAGCGAAUUUGCUCGAAAACUUGGUAUUCCCCGUAUCUACCUCUCUGCCAAUUCAGGUGCCCGUAUUGGCAUGGCUGAUGAACUCAUCCCUCACUUUUCAGUCGCCUGGAAUGAUGAAGAACAUCCAGAAGCUGGCUUCAAAUAUCUCUACCUGACUCCGGAGAAGAGAAAGCAGUUGAGCACCAAGGACGUGAUCACCGAACCAAUUGUCGAGGAUGGCGAGGAAAGACACAAGAUCACCACCAUCGUUGGUGCGAAGGAUGGAUUGGGCGUGGAAUGCUUGCGAGGCUCUGGUCUCAUUGCUGGCGCCACUUCCAAGGCUUAUGAGGACAUCUUCACCAUUACCCUCGUCACGUGUCGAUCUGUCGGUAUUGGUGCCUACCUCGUCCGUCUGGGUCAACGUGCCAUUCAGAUUGAAGGUCAACCGAUCAUUCUCACCGGCGCCCCUGCCCUCAACAAAGUAUUGGGUAAGGAAGUUUACACGUCCAACUUACAGCUUGGUGGCACUCAGAUCAUGUACAAGAAUGGAGUCUCCCACAUGACCGCCAGCGACGACUUCCAGGGAGUUGAAAAGAUCGUGGAUUGGAUGUCCUUUAUCCCCGACAAGAAGGGUCAGCCAGUCCCAGUCAGCCCCUCAGCGGAUACUUGGGAUCGUGACAUUGGUUUCUAUCCCCCGCGGCAACCUUAUGAUGUCCGACAUCUCAUUGCCGGUAAACAAGAUGACGAAGGCUUUGUGUCUGGUCUGUUCGACCAGGAUUCUUUCCAAGAGGCUCUCGGCGGCUGGGCACGAACUGUCGUUAUCGGUCGUGCUCGUCUGGGUGGCAUUCCCAUGGGUGUCAUUGCGGUCGAGGCACGCACUGUCGAGAAUGUCAUCCCGGCCGACCCUGCUAACGCCGAUUCUAUGGAGCAAGUUGUUCAAGAAGCCGGCGGUGUCUGGUAUCCCAAUUCUGCCUUCAAGACUGCCCAGGCUCUCAAAGACUUCAACUAUGGAGAGCAACUUCCCGUCAUGAUUCUGGCCAAUUGGCGUGGUUUCUCUGGUGGUCAACGAGACAUGUACAACGAGGUGCUCAAGUACGGUUCGUAUAUCGUUGAUGCCCUCGUCAAGUAUGAACAGCCCGUUUUCGUUUACAUUCCUCCGUUUGGGGAACUCCGCGGUGGAUCAUGGGUCGUCGUCGAUCCUACCAUCAACCCGGAGCAGAUGGAGAUGUACGCCGAUGAGGAGUCUCGUGGUGGUGUCCUGGAGCCGGAGGGUAUUGUGGGUAUCAAGUAUCGUCGCGAGAAGCAGCUUGAGACUAUGGCUCGAUUGGAUCCCAUCUAUGGAGAACUCCGAGCUCAAUCUGUCCGCAAAGAUCUUACUCCUGACCAGCUGAACGACAUCAAGACCAAGAUGACACAACGCGAGCAACUUCUUGCCCCUGUCUACCAGCAAAUUGCUCUUCAGUUCGCCGAUCUGCACGAUCGCGCUGGACGUAUGCAAGCCAAAGGGACGAUCCGCAUGCCACUGAAAUGGCAGAACGCGAGACGAUUCUUCUACUGGCGUCUUCGAAGAAGAUUGUCGGAAGAAGUCCUGCUCAAGAAGCUAAACAGCAGUAUCACGGCCGGUGGUGCUCCUGUGGCCACUGGCGCAUCAUCUACAAGAGAGACCAACCUCGCCUUGCUCAAACAUUGGUCUGGAUUGUUGGAUGUGGAAUUUGACAAGGAUGACCGCAAGGUGGCAGAGUGGUAUGAGAGCCACAGAAAAGAAGUGUACGCCAAGAUCGAUGCGGUCAAGAGCGAAUUUAUCAGCAAGAAGGUGGCUGAAUUGUUGAUGGGCAACAAGGAGGGCGGCUUGAAAGGAGUGCGUGAGGUUUUGAGUUUGGUGCCCACGAGCGAGCGAGAUCAAUUGGUCAAGUAUCUGACCGGUGCUUGA